AACAAAACUCGACGUUGCAGUCAAAGGAUGUGGCGAGGGUCCCGCCGCGGGGUUGCGGCGCUGGCACAUGCCAAGAAGGAAAGCAUGCAUGUGGUGCAACGACGCUCCAUCUCUCUAGACGCGAUGCGAUCAUCCUUGGCGACUUUUCCGCACACAGUCAUUGACGAUCAGCUGGACAUCAAGGCGCUCACGAACGUCAGCACGAUUGUGUCUGCUUUCAAACCGUCGCCGCUUCCAUCAGACGACAACUUCCUCCGCUGGGUCGAUGAACGUGUGCCUGUGAGCGACAAGACCUUGACCAAGGAAGAAUUUGACGCCACGGUGGCCGAUGCCAUCGCGACCAUCUCGACAUUGGAAGCGUCUGCCUGGCACGACACCGCCAUCAGCGAAAUCGACGUGGCAGGUUCAGACGACAACUCGAUUCAAAAGCGAGUGGCGUAUUUGCUGCUCAAGUACAAGUGCAAGGAUGCCGCGCGAUACUUUGCCUUGUUGGACAAGGACAACCAAGGCGUCGUUUCGUCUGGAAAGUUACGGGACCUCCUUCUCGCGUAUGCACAGGCGACGCCCGACGACUGGCUCGCUCACAACUUCAACGUGCUGGACACGAACGGCGACGGACUCGUGUCGGAAGCGGAGAUGCACCAGCUUCUGCUCAACAUCCUUGGCGUGUACAAGAGUGUGCUCAAAGAUCUACUCGAGCACCACACCAAACACUGGACAGCCAAGCACUCGAAGCAGCUGCCCAAGCUGCUCGUGGAGUUUGAGACAACCCUGAAAGUGUCCGAGAAGAUUCGCUGCACGUGGCAUUUUGCUGGCGUGCCACCCAUCCCGGAAGAAGACAAGUUCAAGGAUCCGCCGCCAGUGCCGCCGCGAUUCACCAUGUCCAUCGACGAGCUGCGGACGUCGCUUGCCCAAGAAUUUGAAGAGUUUCAUUCCAUGUUGCCACAGUACGCCCAGGCGGUCAUGGAUGGCCGGCGUGAGUUCUACGAUGCCCGCAACUCGAAACGCACAAAUUACUUGCGGGGCGUUAGCUUUGUCACAUUUUGCGGCGUCGUCGACUACUUGAUUACCAUUUACGCGUAAAUACUCGAUUAAUACCUACCUCCGUGUAAUCGUCAACUUGUAAUCCUUUCGCCCGCUUAACGUUGCUGCAUGUCUGUCGCCAUUGAGCUACACCACGUCCACACGCUUGGUUUUCGCCACUGGGGUCGUCGUAGUUGAUAUGGGCGCAGUGGUGGACGCCAGCACUGCUCGCAACGCCAAUUCUAACGCUCCUGCUAGCGCGUCUAGCCGCAGGCUGGUCGUGGUUUCUAAUGUCUCGUGCGCAUACUGGUGCUGCGUCCUCGACGUGUCGAGUGCCGCCGACAAACUCGCCACGCGGGACUCCAACGCGUGGUAAUCUCUCGUUCCCUGACAUCAAUGUCAACUUGAACACAAUGCAGCAAGGUACGCGGGGGAUGAUGAUGCAGAGUGCAUGAUAGUCACAGUGU